AUGUCGAAACCAUCUGCGGCACCUCGCCUCACGCCACAAUUCUGCUUCAACCAAACCGCACUGCGAGACUUCCUCCGCAUAUCACGCGGCGCAAUCGACGACUCCAUAACACAGAACCUCAACGCCCUCCUCACACCCGCACAACGAGGCUUCGAUCCUACUUCUACAAGCACACGACAGCUGCCGUCGCCUGAUCACGGUCGGUCGCUACAGCCAGAGCAAUGUGAGGGGUUCAAGGAGAAGGUGCUGUUCCCCAGCUGGGCAGUGCGAUCAGAUGUCUUGGACUACUGCGCGGGUGUCGCGACAUCGCCAGACCCAGACGAUCCGGAUAGUGUACUACGGCAGAUCGAAGACGCCAAAGCGAGAGAGAGGACUGUAGAUGAGCGGUUAGAUCCAUACUCGGGGCGCUACUUCCCACAGGAGGCGAGGACGGAGAGCUUGGCUAUGCUCAUGCGCAAUGAGAGGGCAGUGGAGAAGAUCAUAAGGAUGAGGACAUGGAGUAUGCUGGGUGAACGGUGUGGCAUGACGAGCGAGUCUGCUGAGGUGGCGUUCGACAAGUGGAGGGACACACAACGGCGAUGA